GCUGUCCCUGUAUACGGAACAUUUUUUGAUCUCCGUUGCAAGUCAAACUGCGGAGGGUUGAGACUGAAGAGGCAAAUUCGGUUGUAUUUAAAAGAGAGGAAACAAGACCCUUAAAACGUGACAUAAAACUUUCUACAAAGCCUUCGGCCUGAAUUUAGCAUAACUAAUGGAGAAGCAAUUGCAUUUAAAUUUGUUAUCGUCCAGACCUCCAAUGCCAGGAGGUUUGCAGUCUGGGUCUAAAAUGAGAAUGGGACCUGGAAGAAAACGAGACUUCUCACCUGUGCCAUGGAGCCAGUACUUUGAAACAAUGGAAGACAUUGAAGUUAAAAAUGACAACGGCAAAGACACUUUUAGAAUCUACAGCAGCGGAUCCUAUGGGCCUGUUCUUCUCCUCUUACACGGAGGCGGUCACUCUGCUCUCUCCUGGGCAGUUUUCACUGCAGUGAUAUGCACCCGGAUCAACUGCAGGGUGGUGGCGGUGGACCUCAGGGGACACGGUGACACGAAAGUUAAAAAUUGUGAAGACCUUUCUGCUGAAACGAUGGCCAAGGAUGUCGGGAAGGUGGUUGAAGCUCUGUACGGUGAAAAUGCCCCACCGAUCGUGAUGAUUGGUCAUAGCAUGGGUGGGGCAAUAGCAGUUCACACAGCAGCAGCCAAUCAUGUGCCAUCUUUGCUGGGCCUCUGUGUAAUAGACGUGGUGGAAGGUACAGCCAUGGAUGCCUUGAACAGCAUGCAGAAUUUUUUGCGGAGUCGGCCAAAAACCUUCAAAUCAGUGGAGAACGCUAUAGAGUGGAGCGUGAAGAGUGGACAGAUCCGAAACAUUGAGUCCGCUCGUGUCUCCAUGGUUGGCCAAGUGAAAAAGUGUGAGGAACCCAUGAGCAGUCCUGGAGUAUCAAAGUGCAUUGGGGAAGGGAUCAUUGAGGAGGAGGAGGAAGAGGAGGAGGAGGGAGAAUCCAACCACAAAAGGAAGAAGGAGGAUGACACAGAGGUUAAAAAGGAGAGCCUGUUCACCUGGCGGAUCGAGCUGGCUAAGACGGAGAAAUACUGGGAUGGCUGGUUCCGGGGCCUCUCCGCCCUCUUCCUCAGCUGUCCCGUCCCCAAGCUGCUCUUGCUGGCAGGUGUCGACAGAUUGGAUAAAGAACUCACAAUUGGACAGAUGCAAGGGAAAUUCCAGAUGCAGGUGUUACCUCAGUGUGGCCACGCCGUGCAUGAGGACGCUCCUGAGAAAGUAGCAGAGGCUCUCGCCACCUUCAUGGUCCGUCACAAGUUCACAGAAGCGAAAGAGAACUUCCAGUGUGUGUUUCCAGCUUGCUAAUUGGCCCUGGGCUCUCUCCGUAAAUAAACCAGUACCAGACGCCACUGUGACGUCCCCCGAUUCGCCUCGUCUCCAUCUCGCGGAAAAGCCCAGACCCAGGAACGGCUGUCAUCUCGCGCCCCCCUCGCUAGACCGACAGACAUUGCUGACAUUUCAGCUACAAAAUAUGCUUUGCUCUCAAAUUCUUCAACUUAAAUUGUUUUUUUCAUAUUUUGUUAUUAUUAUUAUUAUGAUCAUAAUUAUUAUUGCUGUUGUUGUUGUCGUGACAAAACAAGAGACCUUGUGAUGCCAUCACCUGACUCAAGGUUUUUGCCUUUUUUGAAAGCAGGGACUUUUUUUUUUUUUUUUUUUUUGCUUUUUUCCAUUUUUUUCAUAGCCUUCCUUUUUACAUCUUGUGAAGCCUUGCCUGUUUCCUGUUCAGUUUUGAGUGACAGCAGUGUGGCACGCCCAAUGUGUAUAUCUCAUGGUUGGUUUUUAAGAAUGGUGAUUAAAAAAUGAAAAUUGCUGUGAACAAAUGCGGUCAUCCCCUUGUAACCUGCCUCUAAGCCGCUGGUACUUUGAGUGGUCACAGUUAGUUUUUUAAUGCAAUGAGGCUUUUCCAGGUGCAGCCCUUUCACCAGCAGAUGGCAGCACUUUACCGUA